UCCUUCCGUUUCCCUUUCUUUUCCCUUUUUCACGUUUGCGUGACGGUCGUGUAUAACAGUUUUUUGCAAACCAAUCCCAGCCAUGGUGCGUAUGAACGUAUUGGCCGAUGCCCUCAAGUGCAUAAACAACGCCGAGAAGCGUGGCAAGCGGCAGGUGCUGCUGCGUCCCUGCUCCAAGGUGAUCAUCAAGUUCCUGACCGUGAUGAUGAAGCAUGGCUAUAUCGGCGAAUUCGAGAUCGUCGACGAUCACCGUUCCGGCAAGAUCGUUGUCAACCUAACCGGUCGGCUGAACAAGUGCGGCGUCAUCUCGCCCCGCUUCGAUGUGCCCAUCAACGACAUCGAGAAGUGGACCAACAAUCUGCUGCCCUCCCGUCAGUUUGGCUACGUUGUCCUCACCACCUCUGGCGGCAUCAUGGACCACGAGGAGGCCAGGAGAAAACAUUUGGGAGGCAAGAUUCUCGGCUUCUUCUUCUAGAGACACCAACACGUAGAGAGUCUGUAUGUGCUGCUAAGGAGUUUGAUAUGUAGAUUGACGUUUUAUUUCACCGACCAUGCAUCCAACUAUACACUUUGUGCACAGGAAACUGAGGGCGAAAUCGCUGCUACGUUCAUUCAGAAAACGAACGACGAUGAAUGUUCACAAAGUUACGCGAAAUAAAAUGAUUGAUACAUAAUAAUUUUAAUAA